AUUGUAUAGUGUUGUUUUAGAACGAUUUGUAAGACUGAUUGAAAAAAUUUAAACCUACUUUGAUGAAUUAUGUUUAAGUUUUUUAAACAAAACAAAUCAAAUAAUACCGAAGAAGACACAUUGGUAGAUGAUUUUGUCUUUAUCGACCUUUCGAAACCAAGAACACCAAGAACAAUAACAAAGCCUUUAGGUGAAAUAGAUCCCGAAUUUUACAAGAACAAACCAACAGUUUCUCAAAACAACGAACCAAGCAACAACUUAGUUGGGGAACUAUGCGGCAAACUGUUUUUUGGUCUCCAAUACGAAAAAGAUUUAGACAGUCUCACUGUUCAGCUGUUCAGUGCUAAAGAUUUACCAGCCAAAGAUAUGAACGGCUUAUGUGAUCCAUAUGUUAAAAUAUUUCUAGCUCCAAAUAAGAAGAAGAAAUUUCAAACCAAAGUACAAAUGAAAAACAAGAAUCCGGUGUUUAAUGAAACUUUCAUCUUCAAUGUUGUAUACGAAGACUUAAGAAAACGGUAUCUUCAGUUCUCGGUGUACGAUUUUGAUCGAUUUUCCAAACAUGAUUUAAUCGGACAAGUCAUUUUCAAAAAUUUAGAUGAGGUAGCUGAUUUGAGGCAAGAAGUCGAAUAUACCAUGGAUAUUAUACUACCACCUAGUGAAAAAGAACAACUGGGGGAACUAAAUCUUUGUUUGUGUUACCUUCCAACAGCAGGAAGAUUGACAGUGACCAUUCUAAAAGGUCAUAAGUUAAAAGCAAUGGAUAUCGGUGGAAAAUCAGAUCCUUACGUCAAAGUGUAUCUUGUCUCUCAUGGUAAAAUAGUCAAAAAGAAAAAAACUCGCGUGAGGCACAAAACGCUCUCCCCUGUAUAUAACGAAGCCUUAGUUUUUCAGGUGCCACAUGAGACUAUUAAAGAUGUUGCAUUUGUGAUACAAGUUAUAGACUACGAUAGAAUUAGUAAAAACGACUUGAUGGGCUUUGUGGUUAUUGGACCGAACGUCGAGGGCCAAGCUCAUGCUCAUUGGAUAGAAAUGAUGCAGAAACCCAGGAAAAAUAUAACUCGAUGGUAUCCCCUCUCAGAAACUUUGCCAGAUGAUAUAAACAUAGUUAAGGAAGGUACUUUUGUGAAAAAAUUGAACUGUUUUGGUAAUAAAUGAAAUAUAUUGGUUAAA